AAGAUGUAUAAAUACGUGUUGAUUUUCAUAAUAAAACGAUCUGUUGCCUGGCCCUUGUCUUCUGUUGUUACAUUUGGUGUCGCUGCCUACCGACAAAUGAAAAGCCUAUACCCUGCAGUUUUUGAUGGAGACAUAUGGAUCUUCGGGCAGGACUUCAAGGCUUCUGCGCAGUUGAGUGGCGUUCAAGAUCUGUCAGCGAUGGAGCUGCUACUUGAGACGCUGCUGGGAGGUCGGGCGAAAACAGCAUAUGAAGGUGUGGGCCGAAGUAUGGACGAAUGUUCGACAGGGUCAGGCAAACAGUUUCCAAAGUGGGAAGGACCAUAUAUGGUCACUUCGAGAUGGGGUUACGCAGACACAGUCGCAAUGGCGAACAAUGAGAGGCGCGUGAACGUCAGCGAGCUCCAGAAAUGGAUACAGCGAGACAAGCCAACGAUGACGCCUGCACCAAGUAGAUCAAGCCGACUUCAGUCGCACGUAUUUGACGGGGGGACGAGUGUGGUGAGAGCAGGCUGCUAGCCGAUUGGUUGGCACUAAUCUACGUUAAGGUCUAGGUCACUAAUAUGGGCCGUGAACAAGGCUGAGUCAACAACCAAUCACAGCGAAGUUAACGUGGCAAAAUAUGAUUCGCAGAUAGAGAACUCUGUUUGUCAAGGAAUCCCGAAACAACCAAUCAGAAGCCUGCGUUUGUCUACCUAAACAACCAAUCAGAUGACUGCGCUUGUCUAUAAUAAUGUAGUAUGAAAGAUGUAUAAAUACGUGUUGAUUUUCAUAAUAAAACGAUCUGUUGCCUG